CAAAUUAAACAUGCAACAAAUGAGGCUACUUUACAGAUUAUUUUUAACAAUGCAGACUCUGCCUUAGUCACUGCAAUACAUGAUGAAUUUUCAACUACAAAUACUUUUUAUUGCAUGUUUCACAUUGUGCAAAAUAUAUCUCUAAACUUGAAAAAUUAUUUUAAAGACAAUUAUAAUGAGUUUAUUAGAGAUUUCUUUGAAGCAAAAGCAUUUGUACUUAAAUUAUUUAUGACUGAAAUGUUAUCUACUUUACAGGUUGAAAGUUAUAAUGCAAAGAUCAAGAGGUUAAUAUUUAAUUCUAAUACAACUAUAUUAGACCUUGCAGAAAAAUUAAUAACAUAUAUUUUUGAAGACAAAAAAACAGAAUACAUUUUAUUUUAUGUGUCAGUUCCUAAAGCAGCUUUGGUUGUGACAGCUAAUAGUAUUCUUUCUAAUGUAUGCAACGAUAAUAAUGUUGAUUCAAAUAGUGCUUCAAAUAGUAAAAGUGAAGAUGUUACUAAUAAAAUUGGAUUGGAUCUAAAAGAGUUAAUUAAUUCUUAUAAGCAUAAGGGUAAGGGUCAGCCUAAGGGAACUAAUAGAAUACAACAGGCCAAUAAACUACCAAAAAAG